UCCCAUCUCUCUUCUCCGGCCGGACGCUCCAAUCCCCUCCUCAGGUAGUGAAGCCGUACUCGGCGCAGGCGAAGAUGAGGGAGAUCCUGCACAUCCAGGGCGGGCAGUGCGGGAACCAGAUCGGGUCCAAGUUCUGGGAGGUGGUGUGCGACGAGCACGGCAUCGACCCCACGGGCCGCUACGUCGGCACCUCCGACCUGCAGCUCGAGCGCGUCAACGUCUACUACAACGAGGCCUCCUGCGGCCGCUUCGUCCCCCGCGCCGUGCUCAUGGACCUGGAACCCGGCACCAUGGACUCCGUCCGCACCGGGCCGUACGGCCAGAUCUUCCGCCCCGACAACUUCGUCUUCGGCCAGUCAGGCGCCGGGAACAACUGGGCCAAGGGGCACUACACCGAGGGCGCCGAGCUCAUCGACUCCGUACUCGACGUCGUGCGCAAGGAGGCCGAGAACUGCGACUGCCUCCAAGGCUUCCAGGUGUGCCACUCGCUCGGCGGGGGCACCGGGUCCGGCAUGGGCACGCUCCUGAUUUCCAAGAUCAGGGAGGAGUACCCCGACAGGAUGAUGCUCACCUUCUCCGUGUUCCCGUCACCCAAGGUGUCUGACACGGUGGUGGAGCCCUACAACGCAACCCUCUCGGUGCACCAGCUGGUCGAGAACGCCGACGAGUGCAUGGUGCUCGACAACGAGGCGCUCUACGACAUCUGCUUCCGCACCCUCAAGCUCACCACCCCUAGCUUUGGUGACCUGAACCACCUGAUCAGUGCCACCAUGAGCGGUGUCACCUGCUGCCUCCGCUUCCCAGGACAGCUGAACUCAGACCUCCGCAAGCUUGCUGUCAACCUGAUCCCCUUCCCGCGUCUGCACUUCUUCAUGGUGGGCUUUGCGCCACUCACCUCUCGUGGGUCGCAGAUGUACCGCUCCCUCACUGUCCCUGAGCUCACCCAGCAAAUGUGGGACUCCAAGAACAUGAUGUGUGCCGCUGACCCGCGCCACGGCCGCUACCUCACCGCCUCGGCCAUGUUCCGCGGCAAGAUGAGCACCAAGGAGGUUGAUGAGCAGAUGAUCAACGUGCAGAACAAGAACUCCUCCUACUUUGUUGAGUGGAUCCCCAACAACGUCAAGUCAAGUGUCUGUGACAUCCCGCCACGCGGCCUCUCCAUGGCGUCCACCUUCAUUGGCAACUCCACCUCCAUCCAGGAGAUGUUCCGCCGCGUGAGCGAGCAGUUCACAGCCAUGUUCAGGAGGAAGGCUUUCUUGCACUGGUACACCGGUGAGGGAAUGGACGAGAUGGAGUUCACCGAGGCUGAGAGCAACAUGAACGACCUUGUCUCCGAGUACCAGCAGUACCAGGAUGCCACCGCUGAUGAGGAUGGCGACUAUGAGGAGGAAGAAGAGGCCGAGCAGGAGUAGAUCCAGUUGCCCCCAGUGAUGGUAUCUUGGUUAAUGUGGUUGCGGUAGCUGUCAUGUUAGAGUCUGGUGCUUGUUUGUGUAUCGUGGCAUGUAGUUCGGGUAUUGAGUACUGAGUUGGUCUGCAGGCAUGUUCACUCGAUGCUACCUUUGUGUGAUUUGUUAUGUCGAGCUAGUGG